UUGGCCGCGGAGGUUCGCGCGCUAGAGCAGACGCUCGGGAGCAGCCAUGCAGCAGCCGGCGCGGCGGGCGCGGGGGGCCCGGGGACCUGUGGGGAUGCGUCUGAUUCUUUGCUUCCUGCUGUUGAGCAGCUGCCCGGGGGGCUGGCACGCCGUUAGUCCCCACGGCUGGCUCUUGGCCCGAAGACUCUGCUCUUACUUGGAAGUCUGUGCUGGGGGGGGACAGGGCCAAGUGGGAAUGCAGCUGGUCAGGUCCCGGCGAGAAGUCACCAGCCUGGCCUUCCCAUACUUCCGAAGUGUCCUCCAGCGGCUUGUGCCUCAAGGACUGUUCUGGAAGGAUGACAUCCCUCAAAAUGUGAAGACCCAGAAGAUGGAGUACAUGCCCAGGCUCCAUGCCUCAGAGACCUGCCUGAGAGAGGGGUAGACAGCCUUUUCCACCAAAACCACCAUGCCGAGGGACAAGUGCAAAGAGAAAUUCUGACUGUUUUUCCCUAAGGUGAGGGGCCCUCAGGAAUUUAGAAAUUCUUCAUUUGGAUCCCAUCUCUUUUCCUCUGGGCCUUUUCACCAUUUCCUCUUCACCUUUGACUCCUGCCUUCCUUCCCCUCAGAGCCCAGUGAUCAAGGUGAAUAAGGAACAAUGCUUGGACUAGGAAAUGGUUUCAGAGUUCCAGAACCAAGAGAUGAGCACCGCAGGUGAGGGCCUGGCCUUGUCUAGGAAGACUGAGCCUACCAAGGGCCUGUUUAUAGAGGGAGGCAGGGUAAAGGAGGGAAUAGACGUUGGUUGAUAAGGGAUGACAAGACUUCACUGAGGCUGAUGGAGAACCUUCUGGAAGAGAGGGCCUGGAGGAUGGAAAAGAACAGAGCUUUCUGUACAGAGCCAGCCCAAUCCUGGUUCUGGCGCUGCCCAGCUAUGACCUUGGACACCUUCCCUAGGCUCUUCAUGUCCCUUCUUCCACAUCUGUAAAAUGGGAAUGGUAAUAAAGGCGACCCCUUGGUGUUGC